AUGGCAAACGAAGAGCACGAGGGCGCCUCACCACAGGAGCUCCUCAUCGAGGCCUGCCGACGCAACAACACCGACCUCCUCACCGAAGUCCUCGCUGGCCGACCCGACGCCGAGAUCACCGCGCUCCUCAACCGCACCACCACCAUCAUCGACCUCCUCCUCGACCAGCCCGACUUCGAGUGCGACCCCGUCCGCCCCCGCGACGGCGACACCCCGCUGCACGCCGCCGUCCGCUGGCUCAACGGCGAACCGCCCGCCCAGCGCGAGUUCGGCGCCGCGCUCGUCGGCAUGAUGCUCGAGGCCGGCUCGGACCCGCGAAGGCGCAACAGGGCCGGGCUGACGCCCGCGCAGCUCGUGGACCCGGCCAACGCGGAGCUGCGCGCGCUGAUCGACGGGCACCAGUACGCGGCGCAGAACGCGGGCGAUUUUGUCGAAGUGGCCGGCGUGUCGGCGGCAGCGCCGGCUGCGGUGCCCCCGCCGCCCCCGCCGCCGGGACAGGCACCGCCGCCGCCGGGACAGGCGGCGCCGGGACUGCCGGUGGAUGAGGACGCCGAGUUUAGUGGUAGUGAUGAUGAGGACCGCGCGGAGUGGGAGAGGAGGAAACGAGAGACGGCUCAGAGGUAG